CCGAAGUCAGUCCAUUCCAGUCUAGUCACUUGUUUCGUAAACAGCUCGUACGCCUUCACCAGUACAUAAACCAAAAGUCCGAAAAAAUUCCGUGUUUUAAAUAAAAUUGGAAAUAUUUUCUUACGCGAAUCUUUUGGACAGAACCGAACUUUAACCCCCUGAAAAUGUGUUGCCAAGGAGCCUGUGGAUCGGUAUCCUACGCUUUGGCUUACGGACCCGUUGGACCCGCUUUGCCGGCCAUGAACUACAACAACUGCUGCUGCGGCCCCAAUCCGCCCUGUGGUCCCUGGACUUGUCCACCAAACAGGUGCUGUUGCGCCGGCGAGUGGGGAUGCUUCGGACCCUUCUACUGAAGACCCUGGGGAUCGGUCGAGUCCAGCAAACGCAACGCAGAAGGAUGUGGAAUUUUUUUGUUCUUUUGGUUUGAGCCUUGCUACCUUAUGUAGUAAGGUUAAAGCAAAGCAAUAAAUUAGUGUACUCAAAAA